AUGGGCGCGCGCGACGACAGCGACGCGGCGACGGCCUACAGCGUCGCGACGCUCGCAAAGCGCUGGGGCCUCGCGCCAGCUGUGGUCCACACGCUGUCGACGCUGCACGUGCAAUCGUUCUUUCCCGUGCAAGCGGUCGCCAUUCCCAAGCUCUUGGCCAGCAGCAGCGACCGCGUGACGGACGUUUGUAUCUCGGCGCCCACAGGCAGCGGCAAAACGCUGACGUACGUCGUGCCACUAGUGCAGCGACUGCUCCCGCGCGUCGUGUGUCGCGUCCGCGCGCUCAUUGUCGUGCCGAGUCGCGAUUUGGCCGUGCAGGUGCAUGCGGUCGUGCAGGCGUUUUGCCAGCACACGCCACUGACGUGUGGACUGGCGGUGGGUCAGAGCAAUUUUGCACUGGAACAGCGUGCGCUCGUGGGCGAUCGGCGAGCGGAUGGACGGGACGUGAAGGACGCAAAGCAGGGCGGACAGAGUGCAGUGGAUAUCGUGGUCGCGACGCCAGGACGAUUGGUGGACCACUUGGAACAGACGCGCGGGUUUACGCUGCAGCACUUGCAGCUCUUUGUUGUCGACGAAGCCGACCGACUGUUGAGUCAGUCGUACCAAGACUGGAUUGCCAAGGUGUACAGCAGUGUAUUUGCUGGCCACGAAGUGGACGAUGGCGCACGGCCUGGAGACGCCUGUGGGGUCACGUGCCGACGACAGGACUCGAUUGAUCGACGUCGGAUUCGUACGCCGCUUACGAGAGUACUGUUGUCGGCGACAUUGACGCGCAAUCCGCGUAAACUAGCAGCUAUUGGGAUGAGUCAUGCAGAGCUGACUACGAUUGGACGCGUGGAUGACCCGCUGGCGGACAAUGCCGAGCAGACCGUUGUUGGUGACUCGGACAAUGACGAAGCGAAGGAAGGAGCGAGCUCGACAAAGAGGUACUCGACGCCGACGAAUUUAGACGAAUAUUGGAUUGAGUGUGACACUGGAUCGAAGCCGCUGAUCCUGUUGGAACUGCUGAGCGAGUUUGCCAGCUCGUUGUCGAUUAUCUUUACGGCAAGUGUGAGCUCUACGCAUCGCUUAGCACGAUUGCUGCAGUUGUACUCGACCCGGCCGGAACGUGUUCGCGAGUUCUCGAGCAGCCUGUCGCAAAAACAGCGGUCAGCUUUGGUGGCAGAUUGUAAAGCAGGACGCGUGGACACUGUCGUGUGCUCAGACGCUAUGGCGCGUGGCAUGGAUAUUGAGGACGUUGCGAACGUCAUCAACUACGAUGUGCCCUCGUUCGUCAAGACGUACAUUCAUCGUGUCGGUCGUACAGCUCGUGCUGGCCGUCAUGGUCGCUGUGUGACCCUGGUGAAGAUGGGUCAGAUGAAGGGUAUGAUGCGCAUGCUCAAGAAGGCUGACCACAACAAGCUCAAGCCGUACCCUCUCGAGCAGGACCAUGUGAAGACAUUGGUGCCUCGCUACAUAGAAGCCCUGCAGCGACUCAAGGAGACGCUCGACGCAGAGAAGGCUGGAGAGCUCCAUGCUACCUCCAUGCUUUGCAAACGGCAGAACUCUGCCUAUCAGGACAAGAAGAGGAAGGACGCUGUAGAGGAUGCUAGUUUGAAGCAGAAGGUCAUUGGCGUGGACAAGAAGCGAGCGUUCUCAGUGCUGAACGACCAGCUUGAACGCAACUUGAGACGCGCAAAAGCUCGCAAGCAGUAA